AUGGGCAAUUUCUACAAGAUGGGAUGGAACUUCGGCCAGUUUCAGGAGGGCAUUCUGGACAUCUGCCUGACCAUCCUGGACCGGAGCAAACAAUACCUCAAUGACCCGGCCAACGGCCUGUGUCAACGCAAUGACCCCAAAUACGUCGGGCGGGUGCUCACCGACAUGAUCAACGACACUGACACAUACGACAAGGGCGUGUUGAGGGGAAACUGGAGCACCAAUUACUCUGGUGGACAGAGUCCUAGCAGCUGGACAGGAAGUGCCAAGAUCCUGCAAAAAUGGAAGUCCUCUGGAUUUCAGCCAGUCCGCUAUGGGCAGUGCUGGGUCUUCGCAGGAGUGCUGACCACAGUGCUCCGGUGCCUCGGUUUCCCCGCCCGCAUGAUCACCAACUUCAACUCAGCCCACGACACCAACGAGAACUUGAGGGUGGACAUGUUCUACAGCUCAGACGGGAAAUUUCUGGAAACGACUAAUGACAGCGUCUGUUGUUGCAUCUACCAGUGUGGCCUGGCUUCCCGGGUGGCCAUCAAGGAGGGAGAUGUGGACCUGGGCUACGAAUGCCCCUUCAUCUUUGCCGAGGUCAAUGCUGACGUCGCUUUCUGGACCUUGUACAAUGCUUACCAGAUAGUGAAGAAGGCUUCCCCAAACACCCGGCAUGUGGGCCAGUCCAUAAGCACCAAGGCUGUGGGCAGAUUUGCUCGCCUUGAUGUCACCGAUGAUUACAAGUACCCAGAAGGCACCGACAAGGAAUGGGAGACCUUCCUCAAGGCCCGGGACAAGCUGAAAUCAAUGGCCAGUCCCGCCAUGGCCAUGCCCGCCCUGUUUCCGGAUGCUCCCCAGCCAAGAGUGACCGGGAAGUUCGAGGUCAAGAGCCACCUCGAGGUCGGCCAGGAUGUGGAGCUGGUCCUGCAACUGACCAACCUCGCCCCUGAGGCCACUACCCUGACGGCCAACAUGAAUGCCUGGACCACCAUCUACACCGGGAAGGCCAUCCAUGAGGUCUGGAAGGACUCCCUCGCCCUGACGCUCGGCCCCAAGGAAGAGAAAUCCUUUCCCAUCAAGAUCUCCUACGCGGCGUAUCAACAGCACCUGACGACAGACAAUAUGAUCGAGUUGACAGCCGUGUGCCAGGUCAAGGAGGGGACUGACACGGUGGUGUUGCGCAACAUCGCCCUGGAGAACCCCACCGUCACCUUGAAGGUGCCGAGCCAAGCCAAGGUGGGCGAAGCGCUGAAGGUCGAGAUGGUCUUCACCAACCCACUGGAAGAAGAGAUCUCCUCUGGUGUGCUCCUGGCCGAGGGGAACGACCUGCUGGAGGACGAGAUCAUGAAGGAGGUCCCACCAGUGAAGGCCAAAGAGACUGUCCGUGUCUCCUUCGAGGUCACCCCCAAGAAGAAGGGCACCAAGCAGCUGUUGACCGUCUUCUCCUGUGACAAAUUCACGGAUGUCAAGGCCUUCGAGCUCAUCAAGGUGGUCAACUGAUCCUGGAUGCCGGAGAGACCCCUCCCCAAAGAGAGGCUCCCCCAAAAGGGGUGGAGUA